GGUGAGUGGUAAUCGAACUCGUGAGUCAUCCAUGCACACUUCCCUGAGUGCCCCACGGGUGCAGCGGGUACCCUUGCGGAAAUCCGAGCGACAGCAAACUAGGAAAGGUCCUGGAAGCUUGUGUCAAAUUGCAGUUUCCAGACGUUGGAUGACUCUCCCGCGGACGACUUCAGAAGCAUGAUGGAACCGGUCACACCUUCUCAACCUGUUUUACUGGUGCCAUCUUGGGGCGCGACCUUGCCCUUGAUGACGAUUUCCCUCAUGGCAAGAGACCAUUACGCAGUUUCUUUGUUCAGGCAGUCUCUCGAUGAAACUUGCGGACAAUCUCUCACUGGAGGCUCCCUGCGAUUGAUGAAAAGAACAUGGCUGUAUUUGGAGAGCAGCCAUUGGCUCAAUUGGAAAUAUUCCUAUCCAGGCAGGUACUGCAUUAUAGCAGAGCCCUUUAGAUGCAAGAAUUGCACAACGCAAGUUUGGGGACCAUUCCAUGUUCCUCGUGACACUUCGAAGGGCAGUCUUUGCUGCCACGAUGGAAAGGUGUCUCUUGACGUGACGAGAGUUGAACUGCACCGCUACGAGGCGACGAAGAAAUCGGUGCGGCUGAGGUUGAACCUCGAUGCGCGGAAUUCUUGUGGGACGAGGUUCCACGUUUAUUUACUGGAUCUGGGGGCCCAAGAUUGCCUCGGAGGGACUCAGGGAACAGCGAUGAGUUUCGGGAAUGACGAGCUGCUGAUCUCGAAGGACCAAGGCUUCCACGAUGUGCCCGUGAAUGUUUCCACCUUAUGCGCGCAAGUUAUACCGAGAUGCGAAGAAUGCGCGUUCUCGUGUGCUGCGUCGUUCCACUUGCUCGACCUCAACGCGUCUGGUCUCACCGAGAGCCCGAGGGAUAUCGUCAUAUCUUCUGGCAGCUCCCCGAUUUUAAUGUUCAUGGGCUUCUGGCUCGGAACCACUUCAUUGAGUUGUUUUCUCAUACCCAAGUUAGCGAAGCGUGGAGCUGCACCCAACGGCAGUUUUCUACCAAUCUCGAUGAAGCAUACCGUAAUCGGCUUCGAUUGAUUCGAUCCAUUUCGAAUAGGUGGGUGUCAUGGCGAUUAAUAAAAUACCCGGGA